AUGUGGCUUGUAGUGCUUCUGCUUGUCGGAGUUCAUCUUGCUUAUGCUGGAAAACACUCUCUGAGAUACUUCUACGCUGGUGUGUCUGGAGUCAUUGACUUCCCAGAGUUCACUGCAGUUGGUCUGGUUGAUGACGAGCAGUUUAUGUACUUUGACAGCAACAUAAAGAAAGCUGUGCCAAAGACAGAGUGGAUCAGACAGAAUGAAGGAGCAGAUUACUGGGACAGACAGACUCAGCCCCUGAUUGGCAGCCAUCAGACCUUCAAAAACAACAUACAGGUCCUAAAGGAAUGGUUCAACCAAUCAGCAGCAUGCCGACAUGGAGUGCCAUUGUGCUUUGGGCGUACUGAGUUUGGGAUCAUUGGGAUCAUUGAUU